AUGGCUCGCUACAAGGAUAUUUUUGACAUGAUUGAGUAUGCCACUGACGAGCGUUGUUCCAACAGACUGCUCGCUUUUGCGAAGGUCCGUCAUACCGUUCGCAGUGGUCCUUUAGCCGCUCAAUCUGCCCCCCGACAGCUGACAUGGUCUACAGACUACAAAAACUUUUCCGCAAACAACUUCGAGCGUGCUUACGAGCGGUUAGUGCGUGGUCCAGCCAUGCCAAAUGUUGAUACGCUGCAAAAUUCGCACUGGUUACCCGACAGGGAUGUGUUUGGAAAUUCAAUUGAAGAAAAUCGUUAUAAUUUACAAGACUUCGUCUCCGAACUGACCACUGAGCAUAAACAACAGCAUGCUGAGUUGGCGAUGAUCUUCCAGAUGGUCAGCGGUUUGCAAAAUUCCGGUCAGGAUAGUAGUUCAAGGGAUGAGAAAAAGUUUUCUGAUGCUUGCAAGCGUACACUAGAAAUUAGACGUGAAGUAGAUGCAUCAAAGGCCUUUUGGAAUGAUGUAUCUCGAAAUUUGACUGACAGGCCCCAAAAUUUAGAGGAGAUGGCAUCCACCGUGCAAACCGUCUUCGAGAGCAUGGACCAAUCCAUAAGAUGCUGUUUGGAUGUCUUAAAUAUCAACCCCAAGGCUAAGGAACAGCCUGAGUCUUCGCGAAAGGACGACGUCAAACCUGACACUGGAUUCGAGUACGGUGGACGUUCCGUAGAACCGAAAAUUCAGACUUCAACUCACGCCUCAUCUAAGCUACGUCAACUCGAGAUUCGACUGCGAAAAACGCCAAAAAAACAGUCAUCCACAUCUAAACCUGACUUGGAACCCACGGCUCGCCAUCUUGUUGAACCAAUGGCUUUUCUUUUAAUUCCAGUACUCAGAGCCUUACACGCCUCUUCAACUGCCCAAUCCUUCGACGACCUUGCCAAAAGCUCAGGUGACAGCAACGACGACUUGCGAAACUGCCGCACCGAAUUUCCGUCAGCCCACUUCUGCUGCUUCGAAAGUAAGAAGCUUCUGCUUUGCUGGCAGUCCUAUUUGUCGUGUUUUGUCUCCCCGUCAGUGGCUGUGUCGUGCGCCACUCAAAUAGCCAUUCUGUCAGCCAUGGCCCUUGAUCUGGCUUCCGUCAGGCGUCUCAGAUCGGAUUUCGAAGGGCGGAAUCAACUUCCGUUGCAGUCUCGGCCGAUUAAUGUUCAAUGCAAUGAUUGCCAUCUAAUGUUUACGAAUCUCGAGAAAUUGCUGUCACACAAGUGUCACAAAGUCGCCAAUUCAGCACCACACAGAACGCAUGUCCCUCUUCCCAUUCCUACUUCGCGCGACUCUGACGUGAGCCUUUAUUCCUUCUUCUGUGAGGCUUGCAACCUCGGAUUCGAGGAGCGCAGUUUAUUUAAAGCCCACCUUCUUACUCCUCGGCACCUCUUUUCUUCCCGGCGUUUGGAAAAGAUCAAUCAGUCGGCGCCUACCGCCUCAGGACAUCUUGCCAAUGGGAGUGCUGAAGGGUUGUCUGCCGUCUCCCGUGACCCCAUUUCCCACACCCCCCAGACCCGUUGUAAAAAUAACAGCGAGUCUGAAACCGUAGAUCCUCUCAUUUUUGAAGACAGCCAAAUUGAAUGGGUGCCGUUGGAGGGUGAUGUGGAUGUAUCACAAAAUGAUUUUGAUGACAUGUUUAACGAGAAUGCAAAGCAAAUGACAGCUGAGGAGGCCAAACUCUAUGAAAUGCUACCCCUCGGCAUCGAGAGAAAGGUAGUUCAAAAACCUCCGUCGAACCCUGACUACCACCUCAAUUUGCUACCUGGUGGUACUGAACAUGUGUCCACAUCACAGCAGUCCCUGAUGCACGUGAAAGCUACUGCUAUUGCAAUGAAGUUCUCAAGACGUAGACGCCUAUUUCCCACAAAGGUGGAGACGCGUAGGCCGUGGCGGACGGUCGAAAGCAGAACCGCGGAAUCAAGCGACCCUCCCCACGACUCGACAGAACACGCAACUGUGCAGCAACCCGAGCAUACGAAUAAGACCAGGACACUUGAAGCAGCUCGUGGGAAUUCCACAUCAAGUGAGCCUGCAGCCGGAAGAAAGAAACUUCAGGGACGGGGUUCGAAAUCGCAGCCAUCUCGAAGCGACACAUUCUACUGCAAUUUUUGUUCAGUUUUCCUCGAAUCUGUUGAAAUUGCGAAGCACGUGACCUCUCCUAGCCACCCACUUGAAACAAUCGACAAUGCAAUUUAUGCCGCUGCGCCUCCUCUGGCAAGCGAUUCCGUUAUUCAAGACGGCGAGUAUAUUGCUGUUUAUGUGCCCACAUUGCACAAACCUGAUGAAAACGGAAGACGCGUUAUCUUCACCCAACACGUGUCCCUCAGGCCAAGGCAAUGUCAUGUUUGCGGUGCAGUCUUUGAUGACGACGAGGUCUUACGGAGACACCUUUCGUUCCACGGUCGCAACCUUUAA